CGCAAAGGAAAGAGGUCGUGUAGCAGCCGGGAUCCUCCGGUAAAAUCCCUUAAAAAUAGCACGAGGGGCGGACGGGGAAUGAAUGAAUGAGUGUGUAGUGGUGGCGGGUUGAUGUGAGUGUCGUUUCCGUGCAGCCCGCACCGGAGCGCCGGUCCGCAGCUGAUUCUCCGGUAAAUUGUGAGGAGCUGCAAGGAUUCAACCUGCUCUCUGAGUCUGAAGCCAGACGGACAGAAGCGGGACCCUUUUCUCCGUGAUGUGAUGGAGGGAAACGCGCCCUGGAAGUAACUCUGACUCAGGGCCACGUCUGUCUGGCUCGGUGGAAGCUCCAGACAGAUUGCUGAACUGAGGGAAGACUGAGAAGAGGAAGCCCGCCGCUCCGGGAUCCGAGCCAAUGACCUGAAGAAGGAGAGAAGCGGCGUAGAGGCUUGAUUAAAAUGGGGCUGCAGAUCUUUGUACGUGCCGACCGCGCAGCUGAGGGUCGCCCACUCCGCCCAGAGCCAUGCCAGACGUGAAGCCCCCCCCGCCAUGUGACUACCCCUCCACCUCCUCCGCCGCAGCCCCCGCCGGCUCACCUUCCGGCUGCACCGCUCACCUCCGCCUUCUCAUGGACAUGGAGCCCUGCAUCGCCAACCUCCCCCCGUCUCCUGACCCGCUGUCCCCGUUCCCCCGACACAGGCCGGGCGUCCCUCACUACCCGGGCCUGCAGGGACCUCCGUUCCCCCUCAUGGCCCGGUGCAACAGCAGCACCCUGCUCACCAACCUGGGGCUGAGGUACUGCUCCGGCAGGCAGGGCCCUCUGGGGGUGGAGGCGGGUCAGGGGCUGGUGCCGGGCUCCUGCGUUCACGCCGGGGGCAACGGCGGCCGGCCUUACAGGAGUAUGGAGAACCUGAACUGGAACACUGUAGCAGAUUCGGGUCUGUGUUCACUCAGCGCCGGCCCCUACAGAAGCGUGGACAGCGAGUUAAUUUUACGCUACACCUCCACUAGCCACUGGUACGACGGGCCUCCGGAUGGAUCUCUACUGGGGGCCCACGGGCUAAUGCCCAACCCAGAAGGCUUGGCGUUUUGCCCUCGGCAUGGACUCCCCAGAAAGGACAUACCGCUCUUCCCUCAGAUGCUGUUUCCAGGUGGCGUCGACGAAUGGGACGCGAGGAAGGGGCUGCGAGAGAAGCUCCGCCUCCAGAGCGCGAGAUCAGCAGUGGAGCCUUUAAAGCCCCUCCCGCUGCGGCCUCAGGCGACUCCGGCCGUCGCACCGUUCGCACACGACGCCGUGCAUCAUGGGAAUUCAACAGGUGCCGGUUCCAGGCCACCGUGCACGACGCGCAUCACCAGCCCAGAGGAGAUCAAGCAGGAGGUGUUGAGACGCUUGCAGCUCCGGCGGCAGAACAGCAGCCCCAACCUGGCUCUCCACAGCUCCCCGGCCAGCCCAAAAGCAGUUAAGACAUCCUACACGACGGACAACAUUGCAGGUAAUAGCAGCGUGUUAGACUCUGAGCGACGCAGACCUCCUGUGGGGCGCCUGCACAUCCCGACGUUUGAGGAGUUUAAGAGGAUGAGGCAGAAGGAGGGGAAGCAGAGUCUGGAGCCGACAACGGGGUCGGGGGAGGAGACUGGAAAACCUGAGGCUGAACCGCUGCACGAUGCAGGAGCAUCAAACAGCAAGAUGCCUCCUUCUGAUGGGACUGGGUCUGAUGGGGAGCAGAGAGGAGACCAUGAAGAGGGGCACAAGGCCGAAUGUGAAACGACGGAGAUCAGCGAUGAAAGCCCGAAGAUCAUCACCUCCUCAGAGACACUUGCUUCUAACACUGUGAGCUGCAGCAGCACAGCAGCUCCCACCUCCUCCUCCUCCUCCUCCUCCUCCACCUCGACCACCAGCACAUGCUCCCCCAUCCGCACGGGCCCGUCUCCGCGUUCGCCCCUGCAGCCUCAGGCCAGUUCAGCCCAGGACAAAGCCGCCGCAGGGGGAGGAAGCGACGUGAACGCCAGGCGUAGAAGGAGCAGUCUGGAGCCGCCCGGGUCAGUUCCCUUCCCGCCCUGCAGGGAGAACUGGGAACGUCCCUCCAGCUGCUGCCCGGCUCUUCUCCUGGAGGGGACGGACCUGUCCAGCUACGGAGCCAAGAUCUACAAGAUGAAGGACGGUCUCAUCGGCUCCGCGCUGGACCUUAUCAAGAAGAGCUGCAGUGCAGAGAUCUCCGCCGAGGCCCCCGUCAGGCUGUCAGGUGACCGGGACGGAGGCUGUGACAUCACCGCCCCCUCGACCGACUGUCAGCCCUCCGCCGUUGCCAUGGCAACGUCGGCAACGGCCUGCGGAACCGAGGCUGGCGACGAGGAGCCCGCAGGAGAAGGAGGAGAAGAAGAAGGAGGAGGAGGAGGAGGAGGAGGAGGAGGAGGAAGAGAGGAAGCAGGAGAAUGCCACACCAGCCUGGGCUGCAGGCGCUCCAGUUCGGACGCAGCCUACGAGCUGGCGGAGACGGUGAGAGCGCAGCGUGAGUGCCGCCUCCGGCCCCACUACAGCGACCCCAUGCCGGCCGACGCCUCCAAGCGCAAGCAGCUGGAGAUGAAGAUCGCCGCCGCCGCGCGGCUCCACAGCCACCGCCGGGACCGAGACAGGGACCGAGACAGGGACAGCGCACCAGCAGCAAUCCGUGGUCACUCUGAGCCUCCUGGUGAGGAGCGCCAGGCCGUCCUGGGCGUGACUCGGUCCGGGCAGCACCGCUGGAGCACCAUCAGCAGCCUGAGCGCCGACAGCGGAGUGGUGGGCCUCAGCGACGAGCGGGAGGAGGAGGACAGCGAGCCCCGCCGCUACCGCAGGAACCGGGGGGCCGAGGUGGAACGAGUGGACAGCGGCAUCGGCCCAGGUCUGUCCCGCACCUGGAAGAGACCUUCGGCCUCCCUCAGAGCCUGGGAGGCCCAGAGGCCGUGCCCAGACUGUGGACUGAGGGACGGCGCCUCCAAAGAGCGAGGCGAGCGAAUGUGCGAACGUUGCUCCAAGCUGCGCACUGAGCGCAAGGAGGCCAUCCUGGAGUUUCUGAACACGGAGUCGAGCUACGGCGAAGACCUGCGGAUCAUCAAGGAGGAGUUUUACUGCCCCAUGCAGAGCGCCGGGCUGCUGACGGCCGAGCAGCUCACCGUGGUGUUCAGUAACGUCCAGGAGCUGAUAGACGUCAACGACCGCUUCACUGAACACCUGCAGGACAGCAUCGAUCAGGCCUUUGACCAGGGCGAUGAGGAUCUGCUGACUGUCUACAUAGGAGAGAUCUUCCUGGAGUUCGUCAACAUGCUGCCUGCCUUCCAGACCUACUGUCUGCAGCAGUCCACCUCGGUCAACAUGCUCAACACGCUGGAGAAGGAGAAAGAACUGCUGAGAAUCUUCCUGGAUGUUUCCCAGAACGACAACACGGCGCUGCGUCGGAUGAACCUGCGCUCCUUCCUCAUGGCGCCGCUGCAGCGCGUCACCAAGUACCCGCUUCUGUUGAGCCGCAUCAUCAAGGUGACGGCCGAAUGUCACCCGGACUACGCCCGCCUCCGCGAGGCCAAGAGCCGGGUGGAGUCGCAUCUGGAGCACAUCAACAUGAAGACCAAGCAGGAGGGCAACGGCGUCACCUGGUCCCUGCGCUCGUUCCGCCGGGACAGCCGCAAGAACCGGGAGGUCAUCAACAUCGAGAUGCGAGAGGUGUCCAUGAAGACGGUGGGAUGGGCGAGAGAGCACACGCGGUUCGUCAUGGAAGGCCCGCUUCAGCUGUCCCAGCCGGCGGACGGCCAGUGGGUGAAGAAGGGCAGCAAGGCCCUCAAGUUCCAAAACGUCCAGAGUCUCCUGAUGGUGAGGACGCAGCGGGUUGGCGAAACCCAAAGUCAGGGCACCGCCAACCAGGGGGCACGGGGAGACCAGGGCGAAGGCGGCGGGGAGAGCGUCCGAGACGGAGUGCUGGUUCUAAUCAAGGACAAAAGCAGCGGCAAGUUCGCGGUGCUGAGGGAGCCCAUCCGCCUGGGGAACUGCGUGGUGUCCACGGACCCGGACUGCGAGGACACGUUCGAGGUGCUCGACAUCCGGCGCGAGUCCUUCGUCUUCCGCGCCUCGGACAAAUCCCGCACCCAGCAGUGGUUCCACCAGAUCAAGAGGUACGCCCGGGACCUGGGCACCUGGAGGAAAAGACGUAACGCUCUGCCCAACAUCAUGAUCAACACGAACCAGACGCGCUCCUGAGAGUAGCCGCCCGACCGGCUUUGUUACACUGUAAAUAAUCCUUCCUCUGCAAAAAUCCACCGACAACAUGCAGCGUUUUCCGGAGCGACACCACUCUUAGAUUUCAGUGAAGAAAAAAAAAACGAUCUUUCUCAAAGUCUCAUGAGAAUAGGAGAAAGAUGAAGCACUUUUUUUUUAUUAUUAUUAUUACAGACCUGCAAGUGCUCCACACUGUCAUAAAUUGUAGAUUUUAAUUUCAAGCCGUUUCAUUAGAAGAAGAAGAAAAAGAAGAUUCUUGGACAACCAAAAAAAACAUGGGCUGCGUUCGGCGGCCUUGAUUGUAAAGACGACAGAGCUGCGUGUGUGUCUGUUGAAAAAGCAUGACUGAGCAAAAAGAAAAAUUGUAACGUCAUUUCUUUUUUUAUACAUAUAUAUAUAUAUACAAGCAAUCGGGAGUAAAAAACAUUUCUUUCUGGUAUGAAGAGGUGGACGUGUCCUAAGAGAUUUUGAUUUAAAUGGUUUCUGUUUGUGGUCACUGCCCUUUCCUGUCUGUGUGCCGCCCCCUGUUGUACGUCGGCGGUAGAGCAACCUUCACUGCCAGAGACGCAGUUGAGCAGAGCAGACGUCCAGCGUCACUGUGUUUUAAACGGGAGAACUCACGUACAGUAACAGCAAUAACCUUUGCCAGUUUUCAAAAUAAGUAGCUACCGUUUAUGCAUUUCGUUAAUGAGCACUGUGUUCAGAGUCCACUGAGGUCUGAUCAUGUUAAGGAAGUCUCACGCUACGACGAUCCCAGUGCAAUGAAAGCAAUUUGUAAUAAGUCUGCAUCGUGUUAACAUCAUGUCAAAUAGGUGGUGACAUCAGAAACUACAGUCUCCUUCAGUGUGUGUUUUAAGUGCAGAGUUUUUCAACCUUGCAACGGAUGCCUUAAUAUUUAUGUUAUGUUAAUAAGGCAGCAAAAUACAGUUGUUUUCAUUAUUAAUCAACGAGUCAUCUGGUCUCACAUGUCUAUGGAUACUGGGAAUAGAUCCUAGAGAUAUAUAUAAAAAAUAAAUCUUUGUCAGGCUAACAGUGCUUUUUACUUUUUAAAUUUAUAUUAACCUCCUGAGACCCUGCGUCCUCACAUGGGGACGUUAAGUUUUAUUACGGCAGCUUAUUCUGCUUCAUUUAAACUUUUAUCCUCAUAACCAGAGACUAGUCGGCGUAAAAAACACGACAGCGGUCAUUUCAGCGGAUUCAUUCUGCAGCCGAUCACGUAACAUAAUAGUAAAAAUAUACAAAACCUCCUCAAUUUAUUUAUGUUUGUUAACUUUUCUAGUUUAAUAUGACGCAAACGUAACAAAUUCCAUCAAUUGUAACGAGCUGUAACUUCACUAAUUAGCAAAUACUCUUUGCACAGCCAUGUUCAGUUUUAUAUUUUGUUACAUAUUGGUGACUUUAUUAUAUUAUACAGAGAAAUAAUCUCUAUAAGGACAUAAUUUUUUUCUAAAACAACUUCCUGUUCAAAGAUGAUGCUCAGUUUUUAUACUUCUUAGGUCCUAUUCAUCCCGGAUACUUUGGAGAAAUUAAAAAUGCAUAAAGCUCAGGUCUCAGGAGGUUAAAAAGGAAUGGCAUCAUAACUAAAACAGAGUAAAAACUAGCAGACUUGAGUUUUCUUGAAGACUAAUCACUGAAUGUGGCAUCUUCAGCUCUGACCACAGGAAACUCCUCGGUCGAUUUAACCUACGCUUUGUAUUUUAGGAUAUACCCUGACCUGGGUGACUGAGCGUCCUCACAGAUGAAUGGCGCCAUCUUGCAAAGUUUAAAUAGUCAAAACUGUUGAAUUAGUGUCAAGGAAAAAAAAAUCUCUUUUAAGAAAUUUAAUUACAUGAGUCCAGAAUUUGAUCUUAUUUCUGCGUAAUCCCGGCCUCUUCCCUCAAAAAUAAAUAAAUAAAUAAGGUUGAAAGACGCUGCUAACUAUUAAGAUCUAGCAUCAAAAACAAGCAUCCCGACCAUCAUGACACACUUUUAACCGUUACUAUGUGACCUAGCGAUGAGCUGAUGUUGUGCCUUGGUACUCGAUUACUGUUAAGCGAGAUAUUAGCAAUCUGUGACGGUAGCAUUAAUCUCUGAGAUACAGACUAGUCUGACCUUGACUGAGAUCAGUGUCCAGGCAAUAGAAUUAUUCCUCUGACGGUUCCUGAUCCUCUCUUAUUUUUAGUUUUUACUAGUGUGUUUUAACUUUAUUUAUGAAAGCUUUAUUUCGUUUGAUGCACUUUAUUAUUAUAAUUCAGUAAUAGAACCCUGUCUUGUAAAAACUGCUGGUUGAAACAUCCGUCACGUGUUCAUUCACAUUCUCCUGAUAUUUUAGGAGCCGGUUUUUCGGCUCUACGGUCGAAACCAAAACCACUAUUUAAGACCGACGCUGUAGCACUAGAACAGGAAGCAAAUCACUGUGUUUUCGGAGGGCAGGGCUGCUCAACACCACACCAAUACUCCGGUUUUAGAGAAAAAAUAAAAUAAAGAAAUAAAUAAAAAUGAAAGCCUGCUGAGUUUGGCUUUUCCUUUUCUUUUUCUUUUCUCAUUUUGCAUUUGAGAGACCUGAUGUAUUAUUUCCUCCAGUGUAACAUAUUGUGAAUUAUAUUAAAAAGAUUUUAAACACA